AUGAGUAUUGAACAUACAUUAUCAUCAAAUCCACCAAAUGUUCGAUUAUUGCUGAUUACAGCUAACACAGGUUCUAUAUUCGAAAAGCCGGAUCUGUUAACAGCAUGGUUGAUCGAAUUCGGAAACCUUUUACGUCAGCAUCCAUCUGAUUUUAUAGCAUUACAUUGUCAAGAAGUUGGAGGAAAAGAUUAUGAAAAAUUUAUGCAUACACUUGAUCAUUUUCUCAAUGAUCUUCUUCAAUUACCGGAAAUUUCUUCUGAUUUUACUCGUUAUCGUUUAUAUUUUGAUUCGGAUUAUUCAUCUCAGGAUACAUUUACAGCUCUUGGUUCUGCAUAUUUUAUUCGUCAAAAUCUUUCUGUUCAACAAUGGAACUUCACGACUUCAUCUUUUCAAACUGUUGUUAAUCGUCAGAUUUUCGCUGGUAAUCUGGUCAAUGCUCAAGCAUUACGAAGAGAAAAAUAUCCUAGAGAUUUUUUCCCUGAAGCAAAAUGGUCUCGAAAAGGUUUUACACAAACUCGUUGGCAGAUACAUGGCUUUAUAUUUGACUUAGUUAAUGUACAUCUAUUUCAUGACGCAUCAAAUCUUUUAGCAAUAGAAGGAAGUCCAUCUAUAUACAGUAAAUUUCGUAGAAGUGCUUUGCAAUAUACUCUACAACGUUUAUCACUUGACCCUUCAGGUAAAACUGUACCAUAUGUUAUAUUUGGUGAUUUCAAUUUUCGACUUGAUGCUUGUCGUUUGAUUGAAUACAUUUCAAACAAACGAAAUGAUUUAAUUGAUAAAAUUAAAGAAGAAAAUAGUGAUGAAAUAACCAAAAUGAUUAUAAAACAUGAAAAUAAUAAACCAAAAUUAACAAUUAAAAAAAAAGAAUUUAAUCUUCAUGAUAAUCAUGAUUCAUUUUUUAAUAUAAAUACACAACAGGCUCGUAUGUUUGAUUUUGAAUCAUCCUCAUUUCAUGAUCAUCUGUUUGAAUAUGAAAGAACUUUUCCGCCAAGUUAUCCAUAUAGUGAAGAACAGCAUGAAGCUCGUUCUUAUUUACGUGCUCGUUGUCCAGCAUGGUGUGAUCGUAUUCUUCUUAGUCAUUCAUUUAAAAAUUUUGUUGAUACUCAGGCCAAACAACCAAUAUAUGAUAUAAUGGGAUAUGAUGUUUGUGUAGGCGAUCAUAAGCCGGUAUAUCUAUCCUUAACGAUACGUUUGGUACAAGAUGUCAAUGAUCAUAUUCAAACAUUUAAACAUUUAACACUUACUUCAAAUACGACAACUGGAUUACAUACAUCGGAUAUAAUAGACAAUAAAUCUCAAGAAAUUCAAUCAGUAUCAACAAAUCAUGAAGAUUUACUUACAAAAAAAUUACCAUUACUACCAACAACAUCAGUAAUAACUAAUGAAGAUGAUCAACGAACAAUACUCGCACAUCAUAUAUUUCAUGCUAAUAUAAAACAUACAUUUCUUCGAUUCAUACGCGAGACGCCGGUGUAA